AUGGGCUCCACGUGGAGCAGACGUAGAAGUCUGGACUUGGACUCACAGACCCGCAGCAGAGCGCGGGGAGAGGCGUCCGCAAAGAGCGAGCGGAGCGGCCCCCGGAGCCCCCGGAGGUUCUCCUCUCUGAUGUCUCUGAUGCUGAAGUCCUCGCCCCUACCCGGAGUGCUGAGCAGGAGCGCGCACAGUCCGUACGUGCGCAGAGUCUCGUGGAUCCGUGAGAUUCAGAGACUUCUGCGGGAACAGAGACCGGAGCGAGCCGCAGGAGUGCUGCAGCUGCUGAGGAAGGACCUGGGACUGGAGGGAACAUCUCUCACUGACGUCUUGUACAAAAAGGCAGCGUACCUGAACCUGGUGGACCCUCUCUCUCAUGAGCUGCUCCUCCGUCUGUCCAGAGACCUGCAGUGUCCCAAACCAGAGGGCUCCUUCAAGUCGACCAAUAAGACGUGUCGACAGCUGCUGUACCACCUGAGCCCUCACUCCAAGUGGACGAGACCGAGCGAGUCCAGGAGAAAGUCUCAGACCUGUCUGAAGUCUGCGCUGAAGAGGAGAGCCUCAGGGGACGUGCUGAACCUGUCGGGGAUCCCGCUGUCGCCGCGGGACGUCCAGAAGGUGGCACUGUUCCUCCAGAGCAGCCUCUCGCUCUCGGCUGUGGACCUGAGCUUCACGGCGCUGCAGGACCACAGCCUGCUCCUGCUGCUGCCAGCCCUGGGAGCCCUGCCCCAGCUCACCGUCCUGGCUCUGAACGGGAACCGCCUCACGUCCUCCGUCCUCCAGACCCUAGCGGAGGCUCUGAAGGACCUCAGCAGGUUCCCGUCUCUGGCCUGGGUCGACCUGGGGAACAAUGUAGACAUCCACAUGGUGCCACAGCCGCUGCUGGUGGCCCUGAGGCGCAGGUUUGACCUCCGCAGCCGUCUGCCCACUAUCCACGAGUGCAGAGAGAUGCACUGUUUCAGCGGCUCUACCCCGAGCUCCCAGACGUCUGUGGAGGAGGCCAGACUGUACCAGGAGGAGCCCAAUCUGUACCAGGAACAGCCCAGUCUGUACCAGGAGGACCAGGGGGUGGAGGAAGAGGAGGAAGACCAGCUGGAGAUCAGGGUCUGGGGUCUUCAGCAUCAACAUCCAGAACAGACACGCGCACAGACGCACAGACAGCUGGACCCGGAGGAGAGCUCUGAGUCCCGGUGCCAUGGUCCUCGUCCUGUCGCUGCAAUGAAGGCGGGGGCGUCCUCCAUGUGGGCGUCGUGCUGUGGGUUGCUGAAUGAGGUCAUGGGUACGGGCGCGGUGCGGACGCCGCAGCCGGCCUUUGGGGCAGGGGCGGGGCCUUUCCGCUUCGCCCCCAGUGCAGGGUACUCCACCUACCCCCCUCCCAGCUCCGGCAGUGCAGCCCAGCUCUGCAAGGCCUGUGGGCUGGCCUUCUCUGUGUUCCGACGCAAGCACGUGUGCAGUGACUGUCAGAAGAGCUUCUGUGCCCUGUGCUCCGUCCUCACAGAGAACCUCCGCUGCUGCUCCACCUGCCACCUGCUGCGCAGCACCGCCUUCCAGAGGGCGCGGCUGAUGCAGCUGCGCGUCAAAGACCUGCGGCAGUAUCUGCUGCUACGCAACAUCCCCACAGACACCUGCAGGGAGAAGGACGACCUGGUGGACCUGGUGCUGGUCCACCAGGUCCACCAGGUCCAACAGGGCCACCAGGUCCAUCAGGGCACCAGCGACAGCCCGAGCGCUGUGACGGAGCAGGAGGAGGAGGAGGAGGACCAGGAGGAGGAGGACCAGGAGGAGCCUGAGGAGGAGGAGGAGGAGGACAGUCUGCAGGCCUCUCCUCCCUCCGCCACACGCUCCCCCUCUCAGCUCUCCGUCCUGUCGUUCCAGGGAGACGCUCUGAGUCCCAGCGACAGCUCCAGCAGCCAGGAGCCUGAUCCAGAGGAAGCUACGACUGCGUCACUUCUGAACCUGGAUCCAACUGAAAACCUGAUGGAGGUGAGUCCAGCGUCCCAGCGUCGGACCCGGGCCUCGCUCUCGGACCUGGACACGGAGGAUGCGAUCCAGAACCUAUCGGUGCGGCAGCUCAAGGAGAUUCUGGCUCGAAACUUUGUGAAUUAUUCUGGAUGCUGCGAGAAGUGGGAGCUGCUGGAGCGAGUGCACCGCCUCUACCGGGAGAACGAGCACAACCGGAGAUCCAUGGAGAACGUCAGCAUCACUGCAGUGGUUGCGUUCCCUCCUCCCGAGCGAAACAGAGAGGUCCGAGAUACUGUGGUGUCGCAGCUCUCUCUGGAUGAGAAUCUCUGUCGGAUCUGCAUGGACGCCAUCAUCGACUGCGUGCUUCUGGAAUGUGGUCACAUGGUCACGUGCACCAAGUGCGGGAAGCGCAUGAGCGAGUGCCCCAUCUGCCGCCAGUACGUGGUGCGAGCGGUCCACGUCUUCAAGUCCUAG